AUGGGAGGCGAAAAUGAGGACGUCGCAGAGCGAGGCGCGAACAGCAGCAGCGCCGUAUCCAAUCAGGUUCUGACAGCAGCAGCAGCAAGCGGAUACGCCACGGGAAGCGCGGGGAAAAGUGUUAGUGGCGGUGGACGCGGCUGCGGCGGCGGCGGCGGCGGCGGUGGCAUUGGCGAUGGGAGAGAAGAUGGAGCGGGAGAAGGGAGCGGGAAGUGGGACGGAGGGCGAGAGGAAGGUCGAGGGGCGCUGGCUGACGUGGCACUGGCAGGGCACCCUGACGACCCGCUGUCGUGGUCUGUGGAGAGCGUGGGCGAGUGGCUGCAGAGGGAAGGCUUUGGCGAGUACAGAGGGGUGUUUGCCACACAGCAGGUUAACGGCGCUGUGCUGCUGCGGCUGUCCCGGGAAUCCCUGGCGGAGCUGGUGCCGUCGCUGGGACCCAGAAUGGCCGUUCUGGACGCUAUAGAAAAGCUGCGAGGGUGGAAGGCAGGACCACGGCACGUGGGCGAGGGGCUAGUAUCGGGCUUGCAUGCCUUUGCGGCAAAAUUCGUGCAUGGACUGGAUCACCUGCUGGUGGGUGCAGUGCGGUGCAGUGCGGUCUGUGUGUUACAGCAUGACAAGGAACCAUAUGCAGCAGCACACAUAGAGCAGCACACAUGCAGCAGCACACAUGCAGCAGCACACAUGCAGCAGCACACAUGCAGCAGCGCACAUGCAGCAGCACACAUGCAUGUGGUUCCUUGUCAUGAGGACCCUGUGGGGCUGUUAUCGCACCCCACCGCACUGCACCUAGACCCAGCGUUUGGGUCCUCCUCCUCUGUAUCCCCUUCUCAAGCUCUGUCCCGUUAUAAGCCCAGCUCGUCCCCUGGAUCAGCAACAACGAAGCUAGGCUCAGGGAUGGCUGUGGGGGACGAGAGGGGAGCGGGGGAGGAGAAGGGGGAAGGGGGCGGAAGGGGGGGAAGUCCUGGGGGAGGGGGAAGCGGAGGAGUGGGGGGAAAUGGAGGAAAUGGCUGGGGAGGAGGUGGGGAGGGUUCUGAACGGCCGGCGUUGACAGGGGGGGAGAGUGGUGGUGGCGGCGGUGGUGGUGGGGUUAAUAGUAAUAGCGGUGCUGGUGGGAUGGUAGUGACGAGUGCUCCCAUGAUGGUGAGGAGGAUAGAAGAGGCGAAGCCUGACUUUCUCAAGGAUGAGGGGGAUGGGUCGCGGCCGGCACACAUAGGGGAGGGCAUUCUGGUGGGCAUGCGGUGCUUCGGCAGCGACCUGUAUGAUGGCAUUACUGGGAUUGUGACGGAGCCAAUGAAGGCCAUGGCCAUGGCGCGAGACAAGGGAUCAGGGUCACCCGCGGUGCCAGCAGCAGCAGUCAUGCGAGGGCUGGCUAAGGGACUUGCAGGUGCAAUCUGCAAGCCUGUGGCAGGGGGCUUUGAGCUGGCACAUGCGACGGUGGAGGGGAUAAUAGCCACGCCACAGACGCUGGCAGCGGCAGCGAGGGAUGGGCCGGCUAUUCAGGACACGCCCACGUACCAGCGCCUUGCUGCUCUGCGCCUGCUGCCAGGACACGCCCAUGUACCAGCGCCUUGCUGCUCUGCGCCUGCUGCCAGCGCCUUGCUGCUCUGCGCCUGCUGCCAGGUGCGUUCCUGCUCGCUUUGUGUGCGCCUGCUGCCUUGGCCUGUGAAUAGACUCAAGAGCCACCAGGUCACACCCACCUACCAGCGCCUUGCUGCCCUGCGCCUGCUGCCGGGUGUGUCUCUUCCUUCCUGCGUGCUCUGUGUAUCUGCUGAGCUGAUCCUGGCACAUUUUCCAGAGAGCUUUGUGCGCCCAGCCCACACACCACCACCUUGCUGCCAUGCGCCUGCUGCUGGGUGCGUCUCGUCUACUCUCCUCUGCUGUUCUGCGUUCUGCACCUGCCGUUCUGUGCUGCGUUUUGCACAAGACCUCUCUUUGAAUCAUGAUCUCCCUAUUCUCCCUGCUCCCUUCUUCUCCUCUCCCUCCAGCACAAUCAUCGGAGGCCAUCUCGUGCAUGGGGCAGGCAGCACAGCACGGCAGCAUGAGCCCUGCUGCUGUGCUUUCUCAAGGACUCUCUUAGAACUUGAUCCCUUGUUCUUUCUUCUCUCUCCCCUUCCCCCUCUCCCCUCCUCCUCCCUUCCUCCAGCGCAAUCGUCAGAGGCCAUAUCGCGCAUGGGGCAGGCAGCACAGCACAGCAGCAUGAGCCCUGCAGCAGCAGCGCUGCAGAUGAGCGAGCUGAGCCACAGGGGGGAGAUGGGUGCGGGCACGGGUGGGGUGUGA